AAAAAGAAAAAAUAUAAACCAAGCGUCUUUAAAAAUAUUAUACGCUAAAAUAAGUGUCCAUAGUAGUAUAUCAGCACACAUACAGACAACUUGAGUGACAAUAAAAAUGGAUUUGGAUUUGGAAAAUUUGAAAAACGACUUUUUGCCGCUUUUAUCGGGCAUAAAGCAGGAGCAACUGGAUUCGGUGGCAAACGAUGUGCUACCACAGAAUUUGUUACCCAGCACAGCGGCAACUACAUCCACAUCCUCGUCAUCCUCUUCUGUGGGUAAUCCCUGUGACAGCGCUGAAAAGCGGUCGGAAUCAAAUUCAUCAGCAAGUGCCAAGUUUACGCUCUUCAAGUGUGUCUACUGCGCCCAAGUUCUGGGCGUAAAUGAUCGCCCUAAACUGUUGGAAUGCUUGCAUGUGGCUUGCGGACAGUGUGUGAACACAAAGUUCUCGGAGCUAGAUCGAUCACUGCCACCGCUUAUACAUUGUCCAGUGUGCGACAAUGCUUCACAGAAUGAAUACAUAAUAGAGAAUCAGUUUCUCAUUGAGCAAUGUACAGCGGGCGACAAUGGCGAAGGCAUUGGAACGGCGGAUGGACUUAAAAAUUCGGCGUCAGCAAAUAUACAAUGCAGUAGCUGUUCAGAUGGCGCAGUGGCCACAUCCUGGUGCGUAGAUUGCUCAGAGUACAUUUGCGACAGUUGUGUGCAGGCGCAUCAGCGUUUAAAGAUAACCAAGGAUCAUACAAUCAAGCCCAAGGAUGAAGCCAAUAGCGAACAGCUGGCGGGUAAUGGCAGCGUGGAUAAGUUGCACAUGUGCCAGUUGCAUUCACAGGAGAAACUAUCGUUAUUUUGUGAAACCUGUGACAAGCUUACGUGUCGUGACUGUCAGCUGAGCGAUCAUCGUGAUCAUAAAUACAAGUUUGCGCAUGAAAUUGCCACAGAAUCGCGGCAAGCUUUGUCCACCCUGGUGUCUGAAAUAAACUACAAACGCUUUUUAUUGUCUUCAGCUACCAAGGUGAUUGACGAUCGACAGCAGCUCAUACAUGAUAAAAAAAAGGAUUUGAUUAAGGAGAUAACAGCUAUGGUGGUUAAGAUAACAAAUACCGUUAACAUGCGUGGCAAACAGUUGGUUAUGCGUCUAAACGAAGUCUGCGAUAGCAAACUUAAAGUUUUAGUUGAGAAGAAGGAAACGUUGCAGCUGCUCUCAGACAACACAGAUCAUUGCAUAGAGUUUAUGCAGAAUGCUCUAGAAAAAGGAAGCGAUUUUGCUAUUUUAUCGAGUAAGAAGUCUCUUGUGCGUCAUUUACAAAAACUUAAAUGCCAACGCGCUGAUAUACCUAAUCCUGAGAUACCAGUGCGCAUACAAGUGCAACUCAAUCAAGUCCAGGAGUUGCAAAAAGUCAUCUCACAGCUGGGAAUUGUAAUUGUUGAUGGCAAACCGUAUCCACCAGCGCCAGCACCUUCACCAAAUGGCCCUGCAGCGCCGCCACCGCGACAGCCACCCAGUCCAAAUAUGGCACCACCGUUGAGACCCGGUCUGCCGCCUGGCAUGGCAGCGGGGCUUUCACCCAACGGUCCUCCAGGUGGCUUUGGACCACAGAAUGGACCACCCAUGUAUAGCAAUGCAACAGCACAGCAACAGUUUAAUAACCUAUCCAUGAGUCGCUCCUUUCCAGGCGAUGCUUCAGUUCGUUUUGGCGGUAUGCCCCCUGUCGGCAUGCAGCGUCAGGGUCAACCGCAUGUCAGCUCCUCCACACACCCACAAAAUAUGGAUAUAAGCCUGCGUGGAUUACUAAAUAACCAAGGAGCGCAGAGCAGCAAUGCCCACAUGGGCUUCAAUGGGCCACCGAGCUACCCCGGUGGGCCACAAGGUGCCCCUUCACCGGCACAUCAGCAGCUGGGACCACAAAUGCGACCACAUUUUCUUUCCGGACAGCAGGGCUUUGGUCAAGGCGCUGGCGGCGGUGGUCGUGACAGUAACAGCUUUAUGAACAGCAAUGCUCGCUUUCAAUCACAAUAUCAACGCAUGGCACAACAGCAGGCGGCUGCAGCCAUGGCGAGUGCCAGCGGCGGCGGAGGCGGACAAAUACCUUCGCCAGGUACACUGCAGCGACAACCAAUGUUACCCAAUCCUAUGCAGAAUGCGUUGGGGUUUCAUGGGAGCCAGGCUGGCUUUAAUACGGGCCCGCCACAAACAUCGCCUCAAUUGAGCAGUGCCAUGCAUACUCUUGCAAAGUGGCAUAUACCACAGUCUGCACAGCAAUCCAGCAUGUGCCAACAACAGGGACCGCUCUUGCCAUUUUCCAACGGACGACAAACAUCGGAGAAUUUUAAAAUCUCGCUUAAAUCGCCAAAUACGCUCAAGAACAGCACGCCGCCCAAUUUAAGCAUGAGUGGACCAUCAAUGCCGGGCUUGGGCAACGGCUCAUCGUCUUCAGCUGCUUUAAGCGUAUCAGCACAGUUAAAUGCUGCUGCAUUGGGUCUAGGUCCUGCUGUCUCCAUACUCUCCAAUGUGACAUCAACUAAUCCAAAGACACCUAGCCCUAGCACACAUGAGAACACUAAGGAUUUUACGGAGCCCAUUGACAAGGUGCGCGAUGAUUCCAUAAAUGAUCUUAUUGCCACCAUAGCCAAAUUGGAUUCAAAUGGAGUACAAGUUUUGCCAGAAGGACGCACCAAAACGACUUCCCCACAGGUGCAUAGUUCCACGGACUUAUCCAAUACUCAAGAAGUUAAUAAUAAAAAUGAACAAAAAGACGAUCCAAACGAGGAUUGGUGCGCCGUUUGUCUGGAUGGCGGUGAGCUUAUGUGCUGCGACAAGUGUCCCAAGGUGUUCCAUCAGAAUUGUCACAUACCUGCCAUAAGCUCGCUGCCGGAUGAAAGCGAGAGCUGGCAAUGUCUGCUCUGUGUGAACCUAAAAGAACUUAUGAAAACCGAGGGUAAUGAGAAAACUAAAUCUGGCGAAUUAAGCAGCUUGGAGCUCAAAAUCCUACAACGCAUAUGCCUGGAAUUAUACUGUCAAUAUGAGCAGAGUCUCAACUUUCGCGAACCUGAAUCGCCAGCAAAUGCACAAUACUAUGAGAUUAUAUGCAAUCCAAUGUCACUAGAUGUUAUACGCACACGUCUAGACCCUAGCAGUCCUAAUCACUACAAGGAAAUAGCUGGGUUUGUGGCUGAUGUUCGUCUGAUUUUCAAAAAUACUUAUCUCUUUUAUCAGGAGGACUCGAAAACAUAUGGCAAUGCCAAGUAUUUGGAAAACUUCUUCGAAGAGCAGCUUGCAAAAUGGUUGCCCAACUUUGUCAGUCAAAAAAGUGGGGCCUCCACAUCAUCCAAUUCGCCAAGUUUGCUCGCCGCUGCAGCAGGUUCGCCUGCACCGCUGGAGAAUGGGCGCAAGAGCUGUGGCUCAGCUUCGUUGGCAGAUAGUGACGAUGCUUGCUUGCCAGCUAAACGUGCGCGCCGCACUGCACAUGAAUAGAACGAACUUUCGCCCGACGAGCUGGGCACAGAUGAGCACCCGAAUGAAGAAAAGGAGGAGCAGAUGGAAGCAAGAAAGCAGGAGGAAGGAAUGCAGCAAAAUGCAUCUGAAGAGCAACAGCGAAAAAGAUAUGAACAGACAUUAGCCGAAUUGGAUGCAGAAUUGCUGCAACAGCGUCCUCGCAGUUUAGGCAGUAAUGUCAUACAGGAGAGUGCAGAUUAUGUGCUGCAGCUGUUGCAUGCUUAUGCUGCAGCAUUUGGACUCUAAGCGCAACAACUGCUUAACCGACUUUUAAAGAAGCAACAUAUCCAUGUACACUUUCUUACAGAUACACUUGCGCUCGGUACAUUCUAAGGUAUAGUGUAUAGGUUAUAUUAAUUAAUUGCAAACUCAAAAAAAAGAAAAAACAGU